CACGACAACAUGAUGACAACAUUCAAUGAGCUGAUUUAACCAAUUAACCGCAUCAUUAUUACAGAUGGAUUCUUCUUCUAUGCUAAUACACGAGGAGAUUAUUAUAAUUGUAUGGUAUGUCAUUGCUCUCGUCUUAUGCCUUACAGGUAACUUCGUUGUGAUGCAUGCCACAGUCAAACAUGACGCAAUAAAACUUGAUAAAAUGUCAGUGUGGAUCGUACAAAACCUUGCUGUUGCGGAUAUCCUGCGCGGUCUCUUCAACGUCUUCCCAACCAUCAUUGUUCUGAUAACUGGUUAUGAAUGGUCCACCGUCUGCAAAAUUCUUCUUGCCAUCAAAUACUGUUUCAUUGACGCGAACUCAUUCUUUGUGAAUGCGCUUGUGGUAAACAAGUUGUACCGAUGCAUGGUGCCACUUGCGCGGUCUCCGAAGCAAUGGCAUUGCGUGAUAGUGACAUGUGGUGGAGUGGCUACUAGUUCUAUAUAUAUGUCCAUAACUCUAUAUCAGGCCAUCACGUCAACUCAAGUUAGUUUCAUACAAGAUUACAUGGGCUGCACCCCACAAGAGAAUACCACGGGAGUGAACCUGUUUGUAAACCCUUCAGUUGAUGUUAUCUUAUCCCUGAUUGUAGUGAUAGUUCCUAUUGUCAUGCUGGUGUUUAGUAAUAGUGCUCUUAUUCUAAUAGCCGGAGUCAAGGGGAGAGGUCAGGUGAAAAGGAAGAAUAUUCUAAUAGUUCUGGCGACAACUACAAUGUUUUUCAUCAGUAACUUCCCAUAUGUUCUAUGGUGUUUAGACUUUUACAAUGUGAUAGCACACAAGUGGUAA